AUGAACACUGCGACACCCAUCUACCGGGUGGUAUCUAGUCACGAAGAAGCCAUAGCCGCGUCUGCAGCUAAGAGUAUACUGACUCAAGAACUCCAAGCGACGGCAGCGCGAAACAAAGAGCUUUGUCAGACCGCCAAGGACAAGGAAAAGGAGUUCCAGGCCCAACUGGACCGUUUCAUGGAGUAUCCGAAAGCGGCCGAGAGGAUGGCGGAGGAGUUAGAGAGGUGCAAAAAGACUGCUCGGCGAGAGAAAAACUUGAUGGUCCUGGAGCGAAAGGAAUUUCGUCGACAGCUGCACAUGUUUCAGAAGUGGCAGACGGAGAACAGCAAUUUACGGGAGAAAGCCAGAGCCCAGGAGAUGCAGGUAGUGGCUCUACGGCGCCAGCUAGCGGUGACCGAGUCGGGGUUGGCCGGGAGUGCUUCAACGAGGAAGGCGGUGAUAGGGGGGACGGUCGAUCGCUUGCAACGAGCCGAGACCGCGGCAAAGCACCAGGCUCACAAGUACCGAGAGUUGGCAGGAGCGCGAGGGGUUCAAGCUGCGCAAUUGAAGGCGGAAAUCUCUUCCCUCAAGGCCACCAUCAAAACCCUUCGACUCAAGCUGGAGCCACCCGCACACGACUCCUACGAAACGGAGAUAGCCAGACUCGCGCGGGUCAACCCCGAGGUGUUGGACAUCCAGCAGAAGUCGGGGCUAAGCAAAGAGGACAUGGAGGCCAGCAUGGUGCAGCUCAAGCUUCUGCGGGAGAAGGAGGAGCAGAAGGAUGCGCUAAUAGCGCUCGCGAGGGAGCGAGACGAGUUCGCGUUGUGCAUCAAGGACCUGAGAGCCCGAAACUCUUGGCUCGAGAAACAAAUGCUAAAGACCCCGGAUGCGCUUAGGUCUGUGGCAGAAGAGCGUGUGGCAGCUGCGGCCCCGACCAAACGACCCGACAAUUCCAAACGUUCGGAAACGUCGUCCAACCACGGAUGGAUUAGCAGUCAGAACGGCGGAAGCCGAGGGAUCAAGAAUCACGCAAGCCCCGAUAGGGAAAACGAGGCCGCACCGAGGCUGGCGAACCAGUCGUGGGCACGGCACGGUUCCGGAGAGGCGCGGGUAGGGUCAACGGCAAGGGUCAGACGAACCAUCAAAAUGCUCGAAAAUUGCGACUGGAGUAUCGAGAAACAGCGUGAGCGAGAGACCAACGCCAACAACAACGUUAGUGUCCUACACGGUGGCGGCGGCGGUGGGGGAGCGAGCCGUGGCCCCGUCGCCGCUGUACUCGCCGUAAGGCAGACAAGUCGGAAGCGGCCGCAGUCUGCACAGGGCUUGUGCCGCCCACCAGCCUCUUCUCCCGGUGGCAGCGAUAUUGGUAGUGGAGAAACAGGCGUACUGCCGCUACGCUGCUUGUUCCCGCGAGGGGGACGGGGGCUUUCCACCAGGGGUGCGUGAGCUGGAAGAUACAAUAUAAACGGAGAUGAAAAACAGAUGCAGUCACAUACAUCGCCCCCGCCGAUAGAUUACCUGGAAAAGAAAAUACCUUGUAGAGGCGAGCACCGCUCCUAUGUAAUUUGGCGCUUCAUUUUCACUUGAAUACAGAAACAACAGGCCCUUGCGACAUGACCAACCCACGGUAUACAAAGUCUCAUCAUGUGUGAGUUCACUGCGGAGUUCUCCGGAUAUGCGAUCACGACCAGGAAUGAGUUUCUUUUUUCACCAAUCUCAUGAAACACGCAUCACUUCCCUUUGAC